GAAUGUGGGAUGAGUGGAUGACCGGUACCCGGAUGACCCAACUAAAAUUUGCACACAAGUUGUUCGUCGAAGAAACAAAUAGAGUUUGAUGACAACAUCUUAGAUCAUGUUCCGGUUAUUACUAUGUUCUUCUACUGCAAUUGCACAACCAUUAUUUUCCACGCCACACUCGCUCUUCUUCUCCAGAUUGAAGACCAACAUACAUUGCAAGUGUGUACAGAUGGGUGCUGGCAGAGUUGAUUCUGAGUGUUUUAGUCCUUCUAAGUUUCGUUUGUGCAAUGUUUCUGGUUUUAUGACAGAGGUGCUGGAAAUUCAGGCUCCAAGUCCCACAAUGCAUGUUUUAAUCAUCCCUGGAAAUCCAGGCAUUGUAACAUUUUACAAGGACUUUGUGGAAUCAUUGUAUGAGCAGCUUGGUGGGAAAGCAUCAAUUACAGCUAUUGGGCACAUAUCCCACACAAGCAAGGACUGGGAGCAUGGACGCUUAUUCUCAUUGGAAGAUCAAAUCAACCACAAAAUUGAUUUUAUUUCCCAUGAGCUCCAAAACAAUAAUGCUCCAGUAAUAUUGGUUGGCCACUCCAUUGGAUCUCAUAUAUCAGUUGAAAUGUUUAAGAGAGCUACGCAAAAGGUCAUUUACUUCAUUGGGCUAUACCCUUUUUUAUCACUAAAUUCCAAUUCGGUAAAGCAGACUGCAAUCGGGAAGCUAGCAGAGUCUUCUAUACUAUGUUCACUAGUAAGCUCUAUAGUGGCCCUGCUGGGCCUUAUCCCCAGUGGGUCAAGGUUUAUUGUAGAGAAGACUUUGGGCAAUUCAUGGUCCAAUGCUGCUGUGGAUGCUGCUUGCUCCCACUUGGUGAAGUACCAUACGAUGCGAAAUAUACUGUUCAUGGCAAAGACAGAGUUCGAAAAGUUUUCAGAAGCACCAAACUGGGACUUCAUGAGAGCAAAGCCAAGCCAAAUUGCAUUUUUAUUUGGCAUUGAUGAUCACUGGGGUCCUUUGUCAUUGUUUGAAGAGAUUUCCAAAGAAGCUCCAGAUGUUUCUUUGUCAAUUGAAAAAGAGGGUCACGAUCAUGCUUUUUGCUGCACUGAGGCUGGUUCCACUUGGGUUGCCCAGCAUGUAGCUGGCUUGAUCAAGAAACAUUUGUAGACACUGUACUGUAUUCAAGUCAGGCUACCCAAUUCAUGAGUCACGACUAAAGAAUGAAUGAAGAGCAUGUUGCCUUCCUGGUUUUUCCCUUUCUCUUUUCUUGUGGAAGUUUAAAGUGAUACUAGUAUUUCCUGUAAGUCUAGUUGACUGCUACACCCCCGUGUAUAUUGUGUUCAAAUGAUGAAUCAUUUCGAUCCAAAAGUCCCUCUUUUCGGGGGAUAGUGAUCUCUUAAUUGAUAGUACUGGUUUUUCCUCUGGUUGACUACUA